AUGCCAAGAGAAGAGGUUCACUAUGGUUACCCCAGGAAGGGGCAUGGCCACUCUUACAUCACAACUGAAGAGGCCGUGGGGAUUGGCAUCCUGACAGCAGUCCUGGGAAUUUUACUGCUCAUCGGCUGCUGGUAUUGCAGAAGACGAAGUGGAUACAGAACCUUGACGGACAAAAGCCUUCAUGCUGGUAUUGAAAGUAAAUUAAGGGAAAGAUGCCCACACGAAGGACUUGGUUAUCAGGACAGCAAACUUUCUUUCCAAGAGAAAAAUUGUGAACCUCUGGUUCCCAAUGCUCCACCUGCCUAUGAGAAACUCUCUGCAGAACAGUCACCACCACCAUAUUCACCUUGA